AACUGUGGAGCUGUUUUGUUGGCAGUAACAUGAAAGGUUCUGGUGUGAGUCCAGAAAGGAGAAAACAGGUUAAACUACCAGCGAGAAGGCUUCGUGAGAUAGUUUCUCCAAUUCAGGGAGAUAAUUUGUCUUUGCUGAGAGAUGAGUUGGCCUGUGUUCCUCCAACGUUGUCUGCAAAUAAAUGUCUUCCUGUUAGAAUGAGCAACAGCUCUAAUGGUUCAACAGACUUAACUUCUGCUAGAAACUAUUACCCAUCUCCAUUAGAAAAUCCUACUCUGUCAGAAAGUAAUUUUUCCAAGGAUGUUGAAGCACCAAGGUUGCCUUUGGAUAAAAUUCAACAACAUGGCAAACAAAAAGAAGAUGACAUCUUUAUUUCUCAAUAUGCCAUGGGACAGAAAGAUGCUUUAAGAGCAGUUUUGAAGCAAAAAGCUCAAACCAUUCCUGUUUCUAAGGAAGUAAAGGUGCAGCUUUUGGAAGAUGCUGAGACAGAAAAGAACUCUGUUCCUCAGGGGUCUAGAACUUCACCUAGUGGCAUUGAUUCAGCUGCUAUUGUAGCUGCAGCAACUGCCGCUGCCAUUGCCACAGCUGCUCCACUGAUCAAGGUGCAAAGUGAUCUGGAGGCAAGAGUGAAUUCUGUUACAGAAUUAAUCAGUAAGUUACAGGAGACUGAUAAGCAGUUACAGCGUGUUACAGAGCAACAAACAGGCCUUCAAAAGGAACAUGAGAAAUUGCAUUGCCAUGAUCAUGAGAAGCAAAUGAGUGUAUUUAUGGAGCAGCACAUCAGGCACCUAGAAAAGCUUCAGCAACAACAACUAGAUAUUCAGACUCAUUUUAUUAGUGCUGCUCUCAAGACUAACAGUUAUCAGCCUGCUGCUCUGCCUCUUUCUAGCACAAUUGAAAAGAAUUCUGUAAAACCAGACCGUUCUAAUUUUGGCAGCAGUAGUCUGUCCUCACAUAACAUAUUUGCUUCCAAACAAGCACUUUCAAGAGAGAUUGAUGUUACCAACCUUAGUAAACAACUCUCUCCCUUGGAGACACCAGCUCCACGCAGGUUUGCUCCUAUCCCUGUUUCAAAGGAUGAUAAAAUAUCGAAGAGAGAAAAUCCUCUCGAAGAAAAAGAAAAUAUAGCAAUGUCUGGACAUGCAGGAAACAUACGACUAUUGGAACAAAUUUUGAAUACUCAGGAUUCUUUGACGAGAAAAAGUGACUCUUCAGAUAAAACCUUGCUCACUACAUCAAAUAUAGAAUGGAAUCCUGAGUGCAGACGCAGCAGUGAAGCAUCUCUAUCCUCUCAGAGAUUCCCUGCUUAUGAGGGAAUCAGUAAAGUACAGAAGUCUGAUGAUACUGACCCAAAGAGGAAAGAAAUGAAUGGCAUGUAUCAGCCAAAAGAAUCUCUAAUUAUAUCAAGGCUUGCUGAUCUCCACCCCAGUUCUGUUAAGCUCCACACAACUAGUACAAGGUCUGCACUGAAGGAUGCUGAGAAGAUUCUGAAAGGAGUCCAAAACAAUAAAAAAGUUCUUGAGGAAAACCUGGAAGCUAUUAUUCGUGCAAAGGAUGGAGCUGCCAUGUACUCCUUGAUCAAUGCUUUUUCUACUAACAGAGAGAUGUUAGAGAAGAUUCGGAUCAGAAAGACAGUGGAUGAGUGGAUUAAAACUAUUUCUGAAGAAAUUCAGGAUGAAUUAGCAAGAAAAGAUGAGCAAAAGAAACUUGAUCAGAAGAAUCAAAGGACCAAGAAAGCUCAAUAUUUGAAUAAAGCUACUAGAAGCAGCAACUUACAAGACAAAAAUAUAAAUAAUUCUGUAAUUUCAAAAAAACAUUACCCAAAGCAAGAUUAUUUUAGAAAUCCACCUACAAGAAGCAUGCCAGCCUCAAACUUACAGAAAGAAAGAAAUGAAGGAUCUUUUAAAACAGCUGUAAUGACACAUGACGAGGAUUACCAGUUACAGAUUUAUGGAAAACCAGUCUAUCAGGGCCAUCGCAGCACUCUGAAAAAAGCACCUUAUCUCAGAUUUAACUCUCCAUCUCCUAAGUCCAAACCACAGAGACCAAAAGUCAUAGAAAGAGUUAAAGGCACUAAAGUAAAAUCAAUAAGAACACAGACUGACUUUUCGACAAGACCCAAGAAGGUAGAUUCCAAACCUCCACAUUCUGUCUCUAUGCUGGCUUCUGGUGACCAGCAGUAUUUGUUCAGUCCCAGCCGAGAAAUGCCCACACACUCAGGUACCCUGGAGGGUCAUCUCAUCCCUAUGGCGAUUCUUCUAGGACAAACCCAGAGUAAUAGUGAGGUGAUGCUGCCCUCUGGAGUGGUUGCCAACAAGCCAUACCGUCUAAAAGUGACAACUUCUAUUCCUCCAUCUCAAAAACUAGAAAGUGGAGUAAAGAAACCUAACGUAGCAGUGAUAGAAAUGAAGUCGGAGAAGAAGGAUCCCCCUCAGCUCAGUGUGCAGGUCCUACCCAACGUGGAUAUUGACAGCAUUGCAAGUGGGAGCCCUCUUCCCCCCAGCUCCAAAGAAGCCUCGCCUUCUCCACUGGGCAAUUGGUUACAGACUCCAGAAUUCAUAGAAGUAGAUGAAGAAGAGGUGAAAUUUCCAGGAACUAACUUUGAUGAAGUAAUUGAUGUGGUCCAGGAAGAGGAAGAACGUGAUGAAAUUCCAGAAUGCUCAGAGCCAAUUCUAGAGUUUAACAGAAGUGUCAAAGUUGCUUCUUCAAAAUAUAAUGGGCCUCCAUUUCCACCGGUUGCUUCUUUUCAGCCCACUGCUGAAAUUCUGGAUAAAGAAAUUCAGAGGAGAGAAACAGUGGAAAAUACCAUAAUUCAGUGGGUAGAACAAGAAAUAAUGUCAAGAAUAAUCUCUGGGUUCUUUCCGGUUGAACAACGGGCUGCUGUUACUGCCAGUGUUUCAGUCAGCGAGGCCAGUGAGCCAGUAAAUUCUGACAUCGUGGAAGGAACAAGUGGUGGCGUUCUCCAGCUUUUUGUUGAUGCAGGGGUUCCUGUGAAUUCAGAUAUGAUUAGCCACUUAGUGAAUGAAGCUCUUUCUGAGACCAUUUCUGUCAUGCUGGGUGACAGAGAAACGAAGAAGCAGGGCCCUAAUGCUGCAAAUGUCCCUGGAGAGUUUUCUGCAAGUCAGAUGGACCUUCCGGAAAGAGUGUAUACCCCCGUGGCUACCCCCCAGCCGACUCCUCCUCGCUCACCAUCAUCCCCAUCUAAGGAGCAGGUGCUGAUAAAAACUCCAUGUUCUUCUCCCUGUGACUCAGACAAUGAAGUAGCUCUUCCUGCGGAAGAUAUACUUGAUGAAAAAGGAAGUGAUCUUCCUGCUGUCACACUUCUCACGACUCCAGCAAUUACGCCUACUACUACACCUCCUCCUGCAGCAGUGCUAACCCCAACUUUGUCAGAGAUUUCGGUUGAUAAGUCAAAGAGGUUAAGCCCUGAGCUUCCGAAGCCAUGGAGUGAUGGAGACCUGCCGCUGGAAGAAGAGAAUCCCAACUCUCUUCAGGAAGCACUUCCUCCUAGAGCUAUUGUCAUGUCUGUGGCCAAGGAUGAAGAUCCUGAGAGCCUGACUAUGCCUGCUCAGCCCCUGCUUCCUACGACCGUUCCCUUCACGCCGCUUCCUGCUGUCCCUCAGGCCUCUUCCCCCGCCCAGACCCCGAGUUCUGAUACUGCCUCGGUGGAGAGCACCUCAAGCGUCACUGCCACAGAAACAGAAACCUUGGAUCGGCCCAUCUCUGAGGGAGAGGUUCUGUUUCACUGUGGUCCAAGAGUGGCUCCCAAGAUUUUAGCAGAUGGAGAGUUAUGUCUGACAAACUUAAAUGACAGCUUGUCCAGUACUCUACAUGAUGCCUUUGAAAUGGAAGAGGACCCUCCCAGCGAAGGGCAGGUGAUCAGGAGGCCCCAGAACAGACUUCAUGCAGAUGCAGUUCUUUCUCUUCUGGCCAAACAGAACCAGGAACUACUAGCUUCACAGCCAGCAGUGUGUGAUUCGGAGGUUUCAGAGGACCUGGAAAACAGUUUGGGUGAGCUUAGUGAAGGCCAAAGGCCCAGGCUUUCGGCAGCAGUAGAGAACAUCUUAUUGGCACAUUCCGCCUUUUCGCAGAAGCCUGCCGUUGAGACAGCAUCUGUGAAUCAAGAAUAUGCUCUUAAGCAAGCUGAGAUAGUGAGAGGUGGUGCUUGCGGAGACUCGGAUGGGAGCCACGGUCCGAUGAGCCUGGGAGAACUGGAGCUGCAGCCAGGUUCUCACCUUGCUCUUCCCACGGCACUUCUGCCAGCGCAAGAAAACAACGUUAAGGUGUCAUUAGAUACUGAAGAUAUUCUUCAGUACCAACCAAAGCAAGAUCAAGAGUUUAAGCAAGUUGAACACAAGCCAACACAAAGUCGUGUAAUACGUGUAAGACAUAAAUCUGAUACUUCACUUUCUCAGCAGCAAGAUGAUAAGGAUCGGACAGAAAUUGAACCCUGUCUAUACCUUCCAUCUGUAUUUACAGGUGGGAAAGCUGUGCCGCCACUCACUGCACAAACAGCACCUGCCAAGAUGUCAGUGACGUUGCCCGAAGUGACCGUGGAGGACGGCUCGCAGUCGCCAGGUGUCAGCUCCCUGCAGGGGGACACUGAGUCCUCAGGAGCAGACACUUUCUGAGCAGGCAGGAGCCCCAGCACGGCAUUGGUGCCACCGUUUGCAGCGUGACUUCCCCAGCAUAAAACUGUCUCUGUCUAUCUUGUCUUUAAAUAUAUUCUGAAAAUUUAUUUAUGGUUUUUUAAAAAAUUUGAAUCAAGCUUCAUAUGGACGUUUAGGUAAAAAUUUUUAAAUAAA